UUGAAUAUAUUUUUAUGGUUUCAUAUUGUUCUGUUUGGCAGGAUUGGCUCGCAAAGUAUGGAUAUCUCCCGCCCCCUGAUCCCUCUACAGGUCAGUUACAGGCCUGGACAGCUGUCACUCAAGCAGUGAAGAAAAUGCAGAGGUUUGCUGGUUUGGACGAUACAGGAGUAUUAGAUGAAGAGACAGUUCAACUGAUGCAGACACCCCGGUGUUCACUUCCAGAUGAUGAUGACCAAACCAUUCAGACAUCGGCACUACACAGUGAUGAUAUGCAAAAUCAAAGGAUGAAAAGAGCAGUUUCUACCUGGACAAGAAGAAAUAUCAACUGGAGGCUGCGUUCUUACCCGGCAUCCUCUAAACUGUCCCGUGAAAUAUUUCGCUCCCUUGUGUACUAUGCACUCAGAGUGUGGGCCGAUCCAACAUUACUUGAGUUCCAUGAGGUGCGAGGACCAGAGGGGGCAGAUCUCCAAAUAGAUUUUUUGCAUGGUCCCCAUGGAGACGGAUAUCCCUUUGAUGGAGCAGGUGGAUCUGUUGGCCAUGCCUUCUUUCCAUCAGAUCCAGACAGGGCAGGUGGAGUUCAUUUGGAUGCAGAGGAGGAAUGGGCCUUCAGACAACCAGGUAAUUCUGCAAAACAAUCAAAGGUAAGGAAUAAUGCACAAAGCUAA